AAAUGUGUUCAAUAGUAUCACUUGAAGCGUAACUAGGGGAGAACUCGUGAUGCGUUCAAGGCGCCGGGUGGGAAAGUGAGAUUUCACUUUUUCCGCCCCCCCCUCCGUAUUCCUUGAAGCCAACAACAGCACCAUAAAAUUAAAAAAAAAAAAAAAAUGACAAGCAACGGACCUGUCAUCGUCUACGAGUGGCUCAAGACCCUGCAGCUGGCCCAGUACGUGCAAGCCUUCGUGGAUAAUGGCUACGACGACCUGGAGGUGUGCAAACAGAUCGGCGACCCGGACCUGGACGCCAUCGGCGUGUACGUCGCGCACCACCGCCACAGGAUCCACGACGCCGUGCGGCGGCUGAAGGAGGAAGCCAGGGACGCCGCCAGCGGCCUCUACUUCACCCUGGAGCCCAUGCCGCCCUCCGCGGACCUCUACAACGGCCACGCGCCGGACCAGUGCGAGUCCAAGAUGCGCGCGUCCAGGUCGUGGAACGAGCCGGCGCGCGGCGUGGGCUACAUGGGCGCGCACAGGAACCUGACCCUGGGCAGCACCAGGAGGGAGCUGCUGAUCUACCCCAAGCUCAAACUCAAGAUCAUGAUUCGGGAUAAACUCAUCAGGGACGGCAUCAACCUGGCCCGGACGCCCUAUUCCAAUAAGGAUGGUUCACUUGGCAACAUAGAUGACCUUGCUCAGGAAUACUCUGAAUACUACAACACGUGCUUCAGCGACGUCAGCGACCGAAUGGAGGAGCUCCGCAAAAGACGGGUGUCCCAAGAGCUCGACAUGGAGAAACCGGAUCCAAACAGUAUCUCGUUGCAGCUCCGGACUGAGAUCCAGGAGUCCCUGGGCUUCAGCAGCGACGUCUCCACUCCAGAAACAGACAGAAAGAUGUCCGUGCACAAAUCCAGCUCGGAAGACGGAUCAGGAGGAAAAUGGGACAACAAGAAGAAGAACAAGUCCUUCUGGCAGAAUUUCCGCAAGCCUCAGAACAAGGCGGUCGUUCGACAGACGUCGAAAGGUGAGGACAUCGGCUACGUAGCCAGCGAGAUCACCAUGAGCGACGAGGAGCGAAUCCAGUUGAUGAUGAUGGUGAAAGAGAAGAUGAUCACUGUGGAAGAAGCGCUGGCUCGGCUGAAGGAGUAUGAGCGCAGCAGACAGUCCGGCAGUACUGACGCUGCAGAGUGGACUGACGGACCUGCAGCCAGUCUAAACCAGUCCUCAAACUGCAACCAAUCUCGCGAGCAGUCCGACGACGAGCAAUCGGAGGAUUCCGUGAAGUUCAAACGGCUCCACAAGCUGGUCAAUUCCACCCGACGGGUCAGGAAAAAACUGAUUAAGGUGGAAGAGGGCAAGAAGCACGGAUCCGAAGAUUUCUUAAAUAUCGAGGCGGUACCCAGUUGUGACGACAACACAGCGUUGUACACGGGUGUCCUGAAGAAGCACUCGCUGCCUCAGGAGGCCUCCCUCCACCAGGACCAGCUCUCCGUGGACGGCGACACCGACAGCCUGACCACCUCCCCGUCCUCCAGCAGCUUGGACACCUGGUCCGGACACCGUCUGGUGAAGACCUUCAACAAGUCCUCCAGUAGCCACGGCCUCAUCCGCCCGCCCAGGACGACCCCGGUCCGCUCCGGCAUCGGAGGAAGCGGCUCCUCCUUCUCGGAGCUGGAUGGCUGCGGAUUGGACGACGAAGGGAAGUUGUCGCGCUCCACGACCGACGACGGCGAGAUGCGGAAGGCGCUGAGCUCCAUCUCCCACGGGGUAAGUAGCAACGAGGCCAUGUACGCCUUUUACGGGCUCACCAAACCCCGCCCCAAAGCCCAAUCCCGCCGCCUCAUCCCCUUGGACGAUGACCUUUGUCAAGGCAGCCCCAAAUACCACACCGCCAACCGGCACCGUGGCGGCUGGACGCACAGAAAGCCCGACCCCAACUACUCGUACUCCACCAAACACCUUCUGUACCAGCGCUCGCGCAACACCAAGACCCCUUCCUCCCCGCUGUGCGUCACCCCCUCGUCCCCCGCCCGCGGCGACGUAGCCAAAUCGAAAGGUUUCAGCGUGGGAGGGAGCUGGGCGUUCCCCUCGCGCCGGCUGCGGGCUCGCAGCGCAGUCAGUGAGCUGAACAUCACCUACGUGGUAGAGCGGAGCCUGUACGGUCACCUCAACUGGGCCCAGCUGGUCCGCCCGGUCACCCUCAGCCGAGCCGAGCGGCGCUGUCUGCUGGAGGAGGACCGCGAGGCGGACGGCAAGUGGGCGGCCAGCGUGGACCGCUGCACCAAGCGCGUGCUCUUACGCAUCCAGCAGAAGUCUAGAACAUGCAGCUUCGGCGGCUUCGACCUCUCCAACCGAUCCCUCCACGUGCUCAACACGGGCUCGGAGGCCCACAAUAAAGAGCAGGAGGCCGUGUACAGGGAGGUGGUCAAGUCUCCCGCCACUUCGCGGAUCUCGCUGGGCAAGAAGGUCAAGUCGGUCAAGGAGACCAUGAGGAAGCGCAUGUCCAAGAAGUACAGCAGCUCUUUGUCCGAGCAGUCCAGUCCGGACGGGCCACCUGGCUCCCCGCAUUCCCUUCAGCCCGACAGCGACUCCCUGGAGAAGCCCAAACUCAAGGCGGGAGGAUCAGUGGAAAGUCUCCGGAGUUCUCUGAGCGAACAAAGCUCGAUGAGCGGUCAGACGGUGAGCACCACCGACUCCUCGGCCAGCAACCGAGAAAGCGUCAAGUCGGAGGACGGCGACGACGAGGAGCCGCCUUACCGAGGACCGUUCUGCGGCCGGGCGCGAGUCCACACGGACUUCACGCCGAGCCCCUACGACUCGGAUUCCCUCAAGCUGAAGCGCGGCGACGUGAUCGACAUCAUCAGCAAGCCGCCCAUGGGCACCUGGAUGGGCCUGCUCAACAACAAGGUGGGCACCUUCAAGUUCAUCUACGUGGAUGUGCUGUGCGAGGAAGAGGAGAAGCCCAAACGGCCGGCGCGGCGCCGGAGGAAGGGCCGACCCCCCAAGCCGACGUCCGUGGAGGAGCUGCUGGAGCGCGUCGACCUCAAGGAGCACAUGCCCACGUUCCUGUUCAACGGCUACGAAGACCUGGACACGUUCAAGCUGCUGGAGGAGGAGGACCUGGACGAGCUGAACAUCAAAGACCCCCAACACCGGGCGGUCCUGCUCACGGCCGUGGAGCUGCUGCAGGAAUACGACAGCAGCAGCGACCCGGAGCGCGGCGGCUCGUCGGGCUCCCAGGAGAAGCUGCUGUCCGAGGGUCGCGGUCUGAUCGGCGACUCCCCUCGGGACUCCGGUUGCUACGAGAGCAACGAGAACUUGGAGAACGGCAAGAGCAAGAAGGCGUCCCGCUCCGGUCGCUCUUCCGCAGUCCACUCCCCGGAUUUCGCCACCCUCCCCAUGAGCAUCUCCAGCGAGGCCGUGCAGCAGAAUGCGAAAAACCAGCGCUCCAAGUUCCCCAAAAUCCUCUUCAGCAAGCCCUCCCUGAAGGGUUUCAACCUCCUGGGUCGCCGCAAAGCCCAGAGGCGUUCCCCCAUCCCGGCCAGUCGUAGCUGUGAGGACCUGGACGAACCCUUCCAGCCCGCCGCAUCGUGGAAACGCUCUCGCUCCCUGGGAGAUCUGGACUGGGAGCAGAGGAACUUUGACAAUGUGGAGGUUGAACUCGCUAAAAGAGAACCCAGUACGGAUCCCGGUCUCCCCGUAAAGGUCUUAAAAGAGGAAGGUUCGCCAGCUUGUACUGGGACUCCACCAGUGAGUCCCAAACCAAGAGUGGACAGACCCCCUGUGCCCUCGCAACUGCCCUUGAGGCCGCCUUGUCCCGCCACCGGGGCCCCGAGUCCCCCCGAGUCCAGUGCGAGAUGUGAGAGGGUCAUUCGGACUCACCCCAAAAAGCCGCCGGUACCGCCUCCCGUUCCCGCCAAGAAGUCCAGAGAGAGACUCUCCAACGGGCUCUGCCACUCCCCGCUCUCCGUGCCCUCAUCGCCGUCCCCCGGCCCCUCCCCGACGCACUCGCUCACCCGCUCCCAGCCGAGCAGCCCCGUGACGCGGCGGGGCGCCGGCCCGGCCCCGCCCCUCCCCGCCAAGACGCCGAGCACCCCCGGCGGCCCCCGCGACGCCUCGGAGGAGGCGGGGGCGGCCGCCGCGCCCCCGUGGCUCUCCGACCUCGGGGGCAAGGUGGCCGUGACGAGGAAGCUGUCCCAUUCCAAGACCGGUCCCGACCUGCUCACCUUGCUGGAGCAGCGACUGCAGGCCGAGGGCAUCGAUCUCACUGAGGAGCCGUAUUCGGACAAGCACGGCCGCUGCGGCGUCCCCCGGCCCCUGGUGCAGCGCUACUCCGAAGACCUGCAGCAGCCCGUCAAGGAGGUGGCCUCCACCAUGGAUCAGCUCAGAGUCCGAGAGCUGCGCAAGCAACACCGCAUGGCCAUCCCUUCCGGCGGUCUGACCGAGAUGUGCCGGAAACCGGCGGCGCCGGCGGGCAGCGUCUGCACCGUCUCCGACUGGCUGGUGUCCAUCGGCCUCCCCAUGUACGCCUCCAACCUGGCGGCAGCCGGCGUGGACUCGCUGAGCGGCGUGGCCUCGCUGACGGAGAGCGGCGCCUGGGAGGCGGGGGUGCGCGACCGCAAGCACGCCCGACGCAUGGUCGGCGAGGCCCGGCUGGUCGCCGAGCGCCGGGACGUGUAAUCCCGUCGCCGCCGCCGCGGUCUGGGUGCAAUCAAAAGUAUCCGGCGUUCUGCACACGAAUAUUUCCUAUUUGUCAAGACAAGUUUUACAGCACCCUUUUCUCAAAAUGUUUACGGCAACUCGGAGACUUUCCCGGAUGAUAAAAGGAUAUUUUUAUUUUUAUUUUUUUUUUUUGUAAAGAGAAAUGCAGAAGUUGCUGUGAAGGAAAGACACGCCCCCCCAAGAGACUUUGCUGGCACUCCGCCAUUUUGUGGAACGGACUCUUCACAAGUGCGUCGCUUCUGAAAAGUCCCUUUUCUUGAACCACUCACCAAAAGUUAGGGGUGACAUGUCGCACAAUGAACGCUUGAUCGUGCAGUCAAAAACUUGAAAUGAUGUUCGGCCGUUCUGAACGGUAGAGUGCAGUUUGAGUUCAUCCUCCCUAACUUUUUGCGCGUCGCGUAUUUUCCGCCGCCGAGUUGACUCCCGUUGUUGCUUUGCAGAUGCCAUUAAGUGACACGUGGCUUCCUUUUUUAUGACUAUUUCUGUAUACGGGGAGUCCUCGGCCUGCGACUGCGAUCCGUUCCUGCAGUUAGCGACUUAUUUCGAAUUUCGACUUAAGUCGGAUUCCACCAUUAAAGUCAAAAUACUUUGAAUAAAAAGCAAAUACAUUGAAAUAGGGAAGGCUGUGCUUAGCUAUUGCGAAGGAACCUGGUCCUCGCUCCUCCACAUCUCGACAAGUUUCAAAGAACCUGGACGGGGGACGGGCGUUGUAAAGUCGAAACGUCUCAGAUCGAGAUAGUCUUAAGCCGAGGACUCCCUGUGCUAGUUUCAUUUUCACGCGUCUUUUUGGAAAGUCCCGCCGGGGUCAUUGCCGAGCGCCGUUCCCGACGUACCCGGACGAGGUUUCGGACUCGGCGAUUUGCCUUCGCCUUAUCAGCGGAUCGUGAUGUUGCCGUAAAUUUUAGGGGGAGGCCUUUAUUAUUAUUUUUUUUUUAAUCGCUCAACGCGGCAAAUACUGACAAUUUAUUUCAAUAACGUGAAGACGAUUUUUUUUUUUUGUUUUUGUUUUUUUUUUCAGUGGUUAAAAACACACAAGACCUUAGUAAGAAUAUCCAAAGAGAGACAGUUGACGUUUAGAAUGAAGCAGGAUUUUAUGAGGUCCCGGGUUCAAUCCCGGACCUGCCUGUGUGGAGUUUGCACGUUCUCCCCAAGGUUUCCUCCCACGUCCCAAAAACAUGCAACAUUAAUUGGACACUAAAUUGCUCCUAGGUGUGAUUGCGAGUGCGGCUGUUUGUCUCGAUGUGCCUUGCGAUUGGCUGGCGACCAGUUCAGGGUGUACCCCGCCUCCUGCCCGUUGACACCUGGGAUGGGCUCCAGCACUCCCCGUGACCUUUGUGAGGAUAAGCGGCUCAGAAAAUGGAUGGAAAGAUGGAUGGAUGGAACCAUGAAAGUGAAAUCGGCCUGAGGUUAAACAGUAAAUAUAUUCAUGGUAAGAUUUGAAACAUUUUCUUUGUAUUUGUAGAUCGUUCCGAACAUAAUUUAUGAUUUUGAAAAAUAUUUUUUCAGAAAAUUUCCAAUGGGAUUUAUCUAAUUUGAUCAUUUUGAAAAUGAAAAUUUUGUAGUUGAAUUCAUUUUAAUUAUUAUAUAUAUAUAUAUAUAUAUUUUUUUUUUAUUCCUGGAACCCACCAUCUAUUACCUUCUAUUUAUUAAUUUUACCCAAGCCCCCCCAGCUUUAUCUUCAGAGUCACGAAUCGUGUAGAAUUUUCUAGAUUCCGCUGCGUGCGAAAUCCGCCGUCAGGGUCAUUGAAACGUUUCUUUGCGGAUGGCAUCGGGUGGAAAGCUGCAAAAAAAAAAAAAAAAAAUCAGGGAGAAAACGAAGGCACAAUUGGCGUGAAACCAUGCCAAAAACAUCUUUUUUGUUGUUGUUUUUUUACCUUUUUCUUAUUCCCAGGAAAGAGAAUGUGUGAAGCGCCCCCCCCCCCAAAAAAAAAAUAAAAAUAACACGUGGAGAUGCGAGACGGAAAGUGUUUAAUAAAACAGUUUAAAAAAUGAGAUACUGACACUGUAAAUGCACUUUAGAGGGUGACUUAAUCUAGCUGAGACUUUGACUUUUGUUAACGUGGAAGUUUUUGGCGGCUCCUUAACGAACGGCGAGCGUAACAACGGAGUAAUAAACCUUUUUCCCCUAAUCACUCCCACUUUUUUUUUUUUUUUGCACCAUCUUAAUUACAUAUAUGAAAUGCUACGCAGGCCUUGCACAUUCUAUAUAUGUAAUUGAUAUUUAAAUAAGUUAUUUCCCCCCCCCCGACCCCUUCUGGUUUCCUUUCCAUAUCUUAUCGACUGUAAUUAGCUGUAUCAUAAGAAUAGCAAUAUCUUCCUGCGUCAUGCGUAUUGCUUUAGCCAGUGACGGCGCUGCAUACACUUUGUAUUGUAACAUAUGUGUACAAAUUCUUUUAUUUGCUUCUCAUCUACUUCAUGAUUGUCCAUACAGAUUUGCUUGUGUAUUGAAAUAAUAAUAAAAAAAAUGUCCAUAACUUUGUCGUUCACAACCAUAAUAAUAAUAAACUGUUUCUUGCCAUAUGCUGCCCUUCUGCUAUGGUUUGGAAUGAAAAAAAAGUUUUUAUCAGUGUUGUUUUAGGAAAUCUUCCAGCAAGGCUGCAUACUUUCAAUUCAUACAAAUUUGUUUAU